AUGAUAAAGAAACAGCAGAAGUUAAAACCACAAGUAAAUGUCAACCGGGACUCCAUUGAAGGCCAACAGAUUGGCUCUAGCAAUGAAAACCUGGCACCUGGCACUAAGGAUGACAAGGAAAAACAUGACAAAAUUCUGCAUCAGAGAGUUUACUUUCAGGUGUAUUAUUUAGGUGUAGUUUCGCAGAUUAAUAUGACCAAUUCUAAAAAGAGAGACACUGAGCCUUUACUUAUUGACAUUCUUGAGGAAAAUCAGAUUGAUGGAAAACUACAACUGUCUGCUACAGAGGAGGACAAAGUGACCUUGUUUGUAUCCAGAUAUGGAAUUAAGGUCAUGGAUACAGGUGGCCAGGAGGUCCUGCAGCGUCAUCCACUUCACACAAUCGCACAACUUAUCCAGUACAGUGAUGGCUUUACUCAUCAGAACAUUGCCGUCAAAGUAGGCCAAGUUGGAAAGCAUGUGUACCAGUGCUACGUCUUUCAGUGCCAUAGUGAGGAUCAAGCCCAAGCAAUCUGCAACUGUGUGCGAAGAAUUUUUGAUGCCAUCACAGCUAAAUGA